GUUGAAAGUACAUGACACUGGGAGGGAAACUGCCAUAUUCUCUGAAAGCAUACUACUGUAUACUGUAUUCUCAGAAAGGACAGGAUGAGAGCUCCACCAGUCCUGCUCUGUCUGCUGUCUGUAUGGAGUCUAGCUCAAGGGGUACCAGUUGGGAGCACUGACCCUGUACUAUCCCUGAAGAAUGGGCGAAUUCGAGGAGAAGUAGUGACAGUGAAGGGAACAGACAGGAGAGUGAAGCAAUACCUGGGGAUCCCUUUUGCUCAGCCACCAGUGGGACCCUUGCGCUUGGCUGCUCCACAGGAAGCACAGCCCUGGGAUGGAGAGAGGGACUGCACCACACAGCCACCUAUGUGCAUCCAGGACCCACAGAUAGUGGUCAAUGUUUCAAAGACCAUGUCUAUGCACUUUGACACCCCAGACAUUUCUGAAGACUGCCUGUAUCUGAAUGUGUACACCCCAGAAGGUGCAGCACAAGAGGACAGGCUGCCAGUGCUGUUUUGGAUCCAUGGUGGAGGUCUCACUGUAGGGGCGGGAUCCCAGUAUGACGGCUCCUCAUUGGCUGCUUAUGAAAAUAUGGUGAUAGUCAUUAUCCAAUACCGCCUUGGUCUUCUGGGAUUCCUCAGCACUGGAGAUGAGCAUGCACAGGGGAACUGGGGCUUCCUGGACCAGCUCAUGGCACUGCGCUGGGUGCAGGACAACAUUCAGGUGUUUGGUGGAGACCCUCAGAGUGUGACUAUUGCUGGGGAGUCAGCAGGAGGCAUUAGUGCGUCUAUACUGACUCUAUCUCCGCUCGCCAAAGGCCUGUUUCAGAAAGCCAUUUUCCAGAGUGGAGUGGCAACACUGGGUAGCUACACCACACACAAUCCUUUGACCCAUGCCAAGAUUAUUGCCAACCUAACGGGAUGCACCCGAAGUACCACAGAGGAGAUGGUGGGCUGUAUCAGAGCAAUGACCAAAGAACAGUUAGUGGCUGCAACAAAAAAGAUACAGAUAUACCUGGGAGCUGUUGUAGAUGGCGUGUUUCUCACCGACUCUGCUGAGGAACUUCUGAAGAAAAAGGAGGUGAUGAAAAUCCCUGUGAUUUUGGGUAUCACUAACCACGAGUUUGGAUGGAUCCUGCCUCAGGCAUUUGGUCCUCCUGGCUGGGAGCAGGGAAUGAACAGGGAGGCUGUUAUGGCUGUCAUGAACAUGUUCAAUCCUUUUGGGGCAUCCUCUGCUAACAGCCUGAUUGCAAACGAGUACCUGCGAGACGCCCAAAGUCCUGAGGAUGUGCGAGACAGGUUCACUGAGGUGAUUGGUGACCUGCUCAUGACUGUGCCUGUGGUGGGAGUGGCUGGGUAUCUCUCAGAUGCUGCAGUUCCAGUGUAUUUGUAUGAGUUUGCAUAUCGUGCUGAGCUUUUCAAAGACACCCGGCCAAGUUUUGUGAAGGCAGAUCAUGCAGAUGAUGUGGGCUUUGUCUUUGGGGCAUGUUUUUGGAACGGGAACAUAAAAGUCAUUGGUAAUUUUACUAAAGAAGAGGAGACUCUUUGUAGAAAUAUGAUGUCCUAUUGGGCCAAUUUUGCACGAACUGGGUCUCCAAAUGGGCCAGGUCUGCUCAGCUGGCCUCAGUUUGACCGACAGCAGCAAGCCUACAUGGAGCUGGACCUCACACAGACAGUCAAACACAAACUGAGGAGCCAUCGGGUGCAUUUAAUCACAACCACGCUCCCUCAGAAACUACAGGAACUAGCAGCUGCAGGAAAGAAAGCCACUGAUUGAUUAUUAGGUCUAUUGAUUUUGAAUUACAUGCCAAUACAGUAUU